AUGACAGACACUAGACGAAGAGUCAAGCUUUACGCUCUGAACGCUGAUCGACAGUGGGAUGACAGAGGAACUGGACAUGUUUCAUCAUGUUAUGUAGAGAGAUUAAAAGGGACCUCAUUAUUGGUAAGGGCCGAGUCGGACGGUACCCUUCUUUUGGAAAGCAAAAUACAGCCUGACACAGCCUAUCAGAAACAACAAGAUACUUUGAUUGUUUGGUCAGAGGGAGACAAUUUUGAUUUAGCAUUAAGUUUUCAAGAAAAAGCUGGCUGCGAUGAAAUUUGGGAAAAAAUUUGUCAGGUACAAGGCAAGGAUCCUUCAGUUGAAAUAACACAAGAUAUAGUUGAAGAGUCAGAGGAUGAGAGGUUUGAUGAUAUGUCUGAUAGUGUUCAACCAGUAGAGCUACCGGCAUGUGAAAUGGGCAGAUUGGAAGACAUAAGUGAAUUAAUGAACAGUUGUUUGGUGUCACAAGCAAGAAAAGAUAAAUUAGCAGCAGCCUUAGACAGUCAACAUUAUAUUAAGAAACUUCUAAACCUCUUCCAUAUGUGUGAAGAUAUUGAAAAUAUUGAGGGGUUGCAUCAUCUCUAUGAGAUAUUUAAAAGUAUAUUUCUCCUCAAUAAAAAUACACUUUUCGAUACAAUGUUUGCAGAUGAUACUAUUUUUGAUGUAGUUGGCUGUUUAGAAUAUGAUCCCAGUUUACCCCAACCAAAAAAACAUAGAGAAUACCUUAGAGAGCUAGCUAAAUUCCGAGAGGCCAUUCCUAUAAAAAAUAAAGAUCUAUUGGCAAAAAUACAUCAAACAUACAGAGUACAAUAUAUUCAAGACAUUGUUUUACCCACACCCACAGUUUUUGAGGAUAAUCUGCUAAGCACAUUGUCCAGUUUUAUAUUUUUUAAUAAGGUAGAAAUAGUGAAACUCAUAGAAGAGGAUGAUAAAUUCCUAACAGAUUUAUUUAAGUUACUUAUGGAUGAUAAGACACCUGAUGGUAAACGGCGAGACCUAGUUUUAUUUUUAAAAGAGUUUUGUAAUUUUUCACAAAAUUUACAGCCACAAGAUAAAGAUACUUUUUAUAAGACAUUAGUAUCAUUGGGUAUCCUGCCAGCUUUAGAAAUAACACUAAGUAUAGAUGAUCAGAAGACUAAGACUGCAUCUAUAGAUAUUUUAACAUACAUUGUUGAAUUCUCAUCCUCUGUUGUGAGGGAUUACACUUUACAACAAUCCAAUAAUACUGAAGAGGAACAAAUGUUAUUAAACAUAGUAAUAGAACAGAUGUUAAGGGAUCAAGAUCCGGAAUUGGGUGGUGCAGUACAGCUUAUGGGAGUCUUACGCAUACUCCUUGACCCUGAAAGCAUGCUUGCAUCUGUCAAUAAAAGUGAAAAGGCAGACUUUCUAAAUUUUUUUUACAAGCACAGUAUACAGACACUUAUAGCUCCAUUACUUGCAAAUACAACAGGAGAGAAGCCAUUAAAAGAAGACUAUCACACAGUGCAGCUAUUGGGUCUAGUGCUUGAACUACUUUCCUUCUGUGUUGAACAUCAUACAUACCAUAUCAAAACCUGCAUAUUAAAUAAGGACCUCCUCCGUCGCAUACUGGUUCUUAUGAGAUCCACGCACACGUUCCUAGUUCUUGGUGCGCUCAGGUUUAUGAGGAAAAUAAUAGCGCUCAAAGACGAAUAUUACAACCGUUAUAUGAUCAAGGGAAAUCUCUUUGCACCAGUUAUAGAUGCUUUCCUUAGAAAUAAUGGCAGGUAUAACUUAUUAGAUUCUGCUAUAUUAGAGUUAUUUGAGUUUAUUAAAUUGGAAGAUAUCAAAACACUUUGUACUCAUAUUGUGGAAAACUAUGGAAAGAUCUUAGAGGAUGUUGAAUAUGUACAAACGUUUAAGGCCUUAAAAACGCGCUAUGAUCAACACCAGGACAAACUGAAGGAAAGGGAUAGAGUGAGCGGCAGCGUGACCGUGGCGGAGGCGGUCGUCCCGUCGCUCCUGCGCACGCGCUACCGCCGCGAGGCGCGCCAGCCCGACGACGAGGAGGAGAUGUGGUUCAACGACGACGACGAGCUCGAGGACGACGCGCCGCUGGACGCCGCGCAGCCGCACGCGCACGCGCACCCGUUGCCGCACCCGCACCACGCGCUCGAUGCCAUCGGUAAAAUAGUAGAGAAGAAGGUGUGUUCGAGCGCGGAGACCGUGAACGGUCCCAGUCGAGUGUUGCUGAGCGCUGCCAAGCCGCCGCACACCGACGUUCAGGUAUCCACGACCAGAUUACUCAAUAAGGGUCUCGUCGACUACGAUGGCGAUUCGGAUGAGGAGGAGGAAGGUGGCAGUAGCAGCGCCACCGCGGAAGAGCCCGACGCCAAGCGGCCGCGCAUCGCG